AUGAAGUUCGCGAUUGCUUUCCUCGCUGUUCUGGCUGUGGCUUCUGCCCAGUUUUUCAAUCAGCCUCGCCGCGCCCCGUUCCCCGCCCCCGCUCCCCCACGCCCCCUGUCCCCCAGCAGAUCCUCCGGCAAUGACGCUAACGCCAACAUCGUUCGCUAUGAAAGCAGCGUCAACCCUGAUGGCGCUUUCAGUUAUGCUGUGGAGACUGACAAUGGUAUCGCCGCCCAGGCUCAAGGAACCCCUCGUGAUUUUGGAGGCAACCCUCCCGUCGUGCCUGUGGUCAUCCAGGGCUCUUACUCAUUCUUGACUCCCGAGGGAGAGCAGGUUGCUAUCUCAUACACCGCCGAUGAAAACGGAUACCAACCAUCUGGAAGUGCUCUGCCUACUCCUCCCCCAGUACCGCCUCAGAUCCAGCGCGCCCUCGACUUCAUCGCCAGAAACCCACCACGCUAUCUAUUCAAAAUGAAGUUUGCAGUGGUCGCGUUAGCUUGCUUGGCUGUAGCCAAUGCCGCGUUUCCAAGCUUCCCGUCUUCACUGGCAUUAAGAAAUCGUCCGGCCGUACCUUUCGCCCCUUCCGCCCCAGUGCCUCCUCGGGUGCAGCCCGUAGCCAGGGUCAGCGCCGACGCCCGCUCAGCCAACAUUGUCAAACAAGGCAGUGAAAUCAACCCUGAUGGCAGUUACAACUAUUUCUACGAAACUGACAAUGGGAUCGCAGCUCAAGAACAAGGUACACCCAGAAACUUCGGCGGUAAUCCUCCCGUCAUUCCCGACGUAGCCCAGGGUUCCUUCUCGUGGACGUCUCCCGAGGGACAGCCCAUCGCCAUUUCUUACAUUGCUGACGAGAAUGGAUACCAGCCACAGGGUGAUGCUAUCCCCACUCCUCCCCCGGUGCCUGCGCAGAUCGCCCGCGCCUUGGAGUACAUCGCCAGAAACGCGCCCAGGAAGUAAACAAAACCGCGAAUCUCAACCCACUGCCCGAUAAAAA